UGUGCGCCCGGCCCAUUUCCGCUGUGGGGGAAAGAGGGACUUCUGUGCAAGAUGGCGACGUCUCUGUUGAGAUUAGCUGGCCGGCGUUGCCUCUGUGUCCAUUUCCGCCCUGGGCCCUCCAUGCAACACCUGGCGCCCGUGGGAACAACAGCAAAGGAGGAGAUGGCCCGGUUCUGGGACAAGAACACCCGCUCGAACCGCCCUCUGUCUCCCCACAUCAGCAUCUACAGUUGGUCUCUGCCUAUGAUGAUGUCCAUCACCCACCGCGGCACUGGGAUCGCAAUGAGUUUAGGGGUCUCUCUCUUUGGCUUGAGUGCCCUGGUACUUCCAAGCCACUUUCCUGACUAUCUGGACUUUGUCAAGUCCUUGAACUUGCCUGCGGCUCUCAUCUACUCGGGGAAGUUUGCCCUGGCGUUCCCCUUGACCUUCCAUACCUGGAAUGGGAUCCGGCACCUGGCUUGGGACAUGGGCAAAGGAUUCAAGAUCCCCCAGGUCUACCAGUCCGGAGUCUUGGUCCUGGUGCUGACGGUUUUGUCUUCCCUUGGGAUUGCGGCAAUGUGAAGUCCAGAGUGGCAGCGGCGGUGGUGGGGCAGCCGGCCUCCGUCCCGUGAAGUCUUCUGCUUCUUCUCUUCCUGAACAUUUUGAUUAAUUGAGGUCUUGCCGGGGAGCUUUGUCCUCCGACUGGACCCAGUGUGGGGAGGGGUGGGGGUGGAGGGCAGGGCGAGCCCUUCCCUGGAUGGGUGCAUAACUGUAAAUUGAAAUGAAGCCAUUUUUUGCAGUACGAUUGUAGAGCCUCCUUUUGCCGUGCCCCACACUUCAAGCGCUGGAGUUUGAGGGCAACUUUCCCGAGACGGGAUGCGCCAGACUCAGCAGCUAGGGAUACUGUGGUAGCGAUUGGCUAAGAAGUGAACGUACCCACAAUGCAUUGUGGGCCACUGCUUGUCUCGGCCUCUGGCUCCCCUCUCCCCCCCCCACACCGCCUGAAGCGGGAGACAAUGCCAAGCUUUGUACCCGAUCGGGGGAGGAGGGCGCACCGGCAGCACAGCGUGUGAGCGAGCGUGUGGGUAUAUUUUUAAAAGGACAACUGUCCCCAUUGAUGGCCGGCAGCAAAGGCGAGCGAGGCCACCUCCAGCAGCCGCCCUGUUAUCCUUAGAGCAGCAGCAGCGGCUUCGGGCCUUACGCUCAUGGCUGGGCUGCCUGUCACCGCCGAUGUUGCUAUGACAACUUGCUGAAACGUCGCAUUGCUUUCUUUGUAGGUGUGGGCCACUCGACAGCCCCGUGCAACAUCAGCCGCACAAGGCAAAAGGAAGGAAGUGAUGUUCUUUUGGGGUAGGAUAUGGGGGCACAGUCUCUGGUGCUCCUAAAUCUCUCCCAGGGCGGCCGGGGCGGGGGGAGACAGACCAACCAGGCCUACUUCGGUCAUCUCAUGCUUCCUCAGUUUCUGUCUGACAGCAGCCGUCCUCGUAGAUGGUUCUGGCCGAGCAAAUGGCCUCUGUGUGGGAGGAAGUGCCUCCCUUUCUGUCCGCUGUUGGAAUGCUAAAACUCUUCAUCACUCCUUGAACCUAGCAACCUCCCUCUGGGGCCGCGAGGGAUGUAGCUCCAGAAUGUGCAAUUUUGCGAACUAAUUGCCCUUUCUAAUAAUAAACUGGCCUCAGCCAUUCAUGGGGCGCGCAGAGGCACUGUUGUAAUCUUCCAUACGCUUUCAAAUAAAAAAGAAAGUUACAAGGUUGUGGUUUUUUUAAUUAAAAAUUGGUGUAGACUAGAGGAUUGAUCAGUGCGUGUCUUGCUGUCCAUGGCCUUUGAUGAGGAAGGAACC